AUGCGAGUGCACACUACCACAGAGCUGCUCGUGCGCACGCACACAGAGGUACAAGCCCUCCUCAGCUGCAAUUCGUCGGCGCGCCUCCCGCCCGCGCGCAAUUGCACUGAAGCCGGCGGCUGGCAGCAAUCGCAAUUCAAAAAGAUGGGGAGCAGUGAAGGCCAGCAAACUUUUUGUUUGAAAUGGAACCACCACAAAACAAAUCUGGUAGAAAUAUUGGAAGCUUUAAUAAAAGUUGAAACAUACGUCGACUGCACCUUAGUCGUCGAUGACCAAGUUACGUUUAAAGCACACAGAGUUGUGCUCGCCGCUAACUCUCCAUAUUUUCAAUCGAUCCUAGCUGAUGUGCCUAUGGAUCACUGUAGCAUACUUUUCCCCGGAGUCAAAGAUUUUGAAAUGAGAGCCCUUCUCGAAUACAUGUACACGGGUGAAGUAAAUGUCACUCAAGCGCAUAUACCGCGAAUCAUGAAAGUGGCUGAACAACUUGAAGUCAAAGGUUUGUUUGAUAUGACUGAGCUGAGACGCCGUCCUGGAAGCAGCGAACGUACCCCCGCUGCCUCCCCACCACGAGUAGUACCGGCUGCGCCGUCUAGUGUUUCCCCUCCUGCACCAAAUAAUCGCUGGCCACCACCACCUACUGCUCCGGUACUUUCGGCUGCAUACGACUCUGCUGAUAUGAAUCCAUUAAAACGCAAAAAGUUAUCAAGUAUGCUAGCCACUCGUGAUACCCCCAUCUUAAGAAAUGUUCUAGCACAGACAACUCCUGUAGAUUCCUCGCAACCAAUGUCUCUUGUCUGCCAUCCUGUUAGUCAGCUAGAGUCAACUCGCUUGCAUUCAAAUGGAUCAGCUCAUGAACUAGAUCGGUCUGUAAGCCCUCAAAGACCUUUCGACUACAGGCCUCGUCGGUUGUCGUCUAGGGCAUCAUCUCCACAUUAUAAUCGCUCAGAUCGUUCAGAAGAUGCUCAUUCACCAUACACAGAGCGAUCCUUCGAGGAAGAUAAUCAACGUACUUUCCACCCUUCUCCCCCACCAGCUAAUUUCCAACAAGAUGUUAGAGCUGGACUAGCGCCAUAUGUACCACCACAACAAAAACCCGAAUGGAAACGAUAUAAGCAAUACACGCGAUCAGACAUUAUGUCUGCUAUAGAAUGUGUGAGGAAUGGCAUGAGCGCUUUACAGGCAUCGCGUAAAUAUGGCGUGCCCUCACGUACUCUCUAUGACAAGGUAAAAAAACUUGGCAUUACAACAAGUCGUCCCAUGAGUCGCGGAGUUAAAAGGGAAUCGAAUGGAGCUGCUUUCCCUUACGGUUUAAGCGGUACUGGUGGUAACGAUGACGUAACACCAACUACUCCACUCAUCGACCCUUCCUUCCUACAACAAGCAUUAGAGGGCGCUACUAGAGACGGGGGGCGCGAAGCUUUACACGCUAUGGCCUUAGCUGCAGCAGCACAUGCAGCUUUGACUCCUCGAACCCCACCACGCUCGGCACCACAGUCACCAAGAACUCCACCACCAGACGAUGACCAUGUCGAGGACUUGUCAGUCGCGCGCAGACGCGACCCAGACCCUCCAUCCGGCGUCAUUGUCCCGCCACGUAAUUUUGCUCUAGAUUGCAAUAGCGACAGGGAUUAA